AUGGUGACACCCUCCGCUCAGUCCCUGGAGAAGGAUCACAAGUCUUCAAUAUGCAUACCUGAAGAGGCGUUAACAAGGUCUGUUGAAGCCACAGGCUUGAAUUUGAACCAGUCUAUCAGUAGUGCCGAUGAUACCUCUAAAAUCAGCAUUUUCGAGCUCUCUAUACCAUACACUUCCACACCAACCCCGGCCCUUAUUCCUGCUGAAAUUGUACCCACAAAUUGUGCCAAAUCGGUUCGACCGAGUAUAGCAGCGCCUCGCUGUCGUAUCUGCUACGAAGAAGGGUUGGAUCCAUCUCCCCUUAUUUCCCCAUGUCGAUGUAAAGGAACAGUGGGCCUACUACAUAAGACUUGUCUAGAGCACUGGCUCCAAGUCUCACAGACAAUUAGUUGUGAGAUCUGCGGCUAUUCUUACAAUCUUCGGCCAAAAUCACCGCUACCCACCGAGCCAAACACCUCGAAGACCUCCUCCAGUUUCGCUAUUGGACGAGUCAAUUUCUUACGAGAGUGGUUCCGUUCGCGCCUUGUUCAGCGCGACGUCAUAACCGAUUGUAUCUUCUUGGUUCUUCUGGCAUCGAUCACUUGCAUCGGAGUGUACUUCUGUGUCACAACAAGUCUUCACUUCUUGCACAUCGAUAAUUCAAUGCUCUGGCAGGUUCCGGUACUCAUAGGCCUAGCUGUGGUUCUGCUACUAAUAUUUAUUCUGUGGAUCAUUCUUGCUGUCAGGCAUCAUAUGAGAGCCUAUCUCUCACAUCGACGACAUCAGGAGGACCGAAUUCGUGAGUUCUUCCACCGACGAGCGCUUGAACGGCACUGGAGGUUCUCGGUGUAUCCACGGCCUAGGGGAUCGUCGUUUGCCUUGCCAUCCUUCUCCACACCAAACACAACCGCAUAUUUAGAGGAACGGGAAGAACACGGUGGUAGUGAUCAUAGAAGCAUGAAUGCUGUCAUUCCACCCCUCCAUCUAUACGCUGUAGCAGAAAGGGGUGAAGUGGAAGAAGAGGAGGGAAAAAGAACCCAAUCCAUCGUCCACUACCGGGAGCCUAGACAUUCCGCUGUUCCAACACAGCAUCAGCUGUCGCUAAUUAUCUCCGGAACAAUUAAACCACGGUCCAGAAAUCACGAAAAGUACGACAGCAUUCAGGCCACAAGCACUGUCUCCCCUCUACUGACCCGCCUCGUGCAGAGCUAUCAUAUAUCGGCAAACAAGACGCUACACUUCCAUGAUGCGAGGCCCAAGGAGGGGAGUCGGGACACCGAGCCACCACAUAUACGUGAUGUUGACAGUGAACGUUAA